AUGAUGGGAUGAAUAAUUAGCUUCUGGCAGCAGAGGGCAGCAUCGUAUAACGCGCCGUUCAGUUUUUCACCACCGGAAACGUAUUAAGCCACGAAGAAGAAAAAGACAAGGAGGCAAAGUCGUGUUAGUGAGGAGAAAGAAAGUAAAAAUCCAAAUCAAAAAGAGAUACCAUCGCAAUGCUUCCUUUGUCUCUGUUGAAAACUGCCCAGAACCAUCCUAUGCUGGUGGAACUAAAGAAUGGAGAGACAUACAACGGCCAUCUGGUUAGCUGUGAUAACUGGAUGAACAUCAACCUAAGAGAAGUCAUUUGCACCUCAAGGGAUGGAGAUAAGUUCUGGAGGAUGCCUGAGUGCUACAUUAGAGGGAGCACCAUUAAGUAUCUGCGCAUCCCCGAUGAGAUCAUUGACAUGGUGAAGGAGGAGGUUGUGUCAAAGGGUCGAGGGCGGGGAGGAACUCAGCAGAACAAACAGCAGGGGAAAGGGAGAGGAGGACCAGGGCGAGGUUUGUUUGGUGGUCGUGGCAGAGGAAUGGGUGGCACUGGUCGGGGUCAGCAGCAGCAACAACAGCAGCAACUACAGCAGGAUAAGAAACAAGGCAAACCACAGGGAAUGAAGAAUCAGCACUGAUGAUCAAUGUUGUACCUUCACAAUACAUGCUGUCAUGAGUGAUAACGCCUUCAGUACAUGAAGAUAAAAUUAACUCUAGUGUCUUCUGCUGGGAUGUUUUCAAGACUGACCAUUGCAGAAUUUACACCAGGCGAAAUUAAGAGAAGCUGUGCUUUUGCACUGAAUUUUGUUUUUUAGCAUCUGUAAGUUGAUAUUACAAAUCUUCUAUGACCACAUCCCAGUGUAUCAAUCGGAGCUGACAGAUUUUUCCUUCAGGAUCAGUUUGCAGUAUAAGGACACUGCAUAGACUGCACUGCAUUUUUUUAAAUCAAAAACUGUGUUAUUAUUUCUUCAACAGUUUUCAGUCAGUUGGUACACUGGAAUGAGGUUUUAACUUUUAUUUUUGGUGGUUAUUCGUCUGUUAACUUGGUCUCCUCAGGUGUAGUUCUCAUGGUGAAGAAACUGCCCAACCCCAGCUUCUGUUGUAUAAAUACUGUUUUAUCUUGGCUCUUUAGUUUUGUGUUGUUUGUGAUGUUCUGUGAUCUACAGAAAUAUUGUUUGUCUGCUGAGUCAUAUUGUCUGAUCACAGCAGGUGGAAUGUUAAACAUUACAGUCCUCACUAAUUAACACUUUGGUUAAAACAUUUGUAAGACUGCAUGAUUAUCAUAAUGGUGACGAUAAGGAUUUCAAGGAAAGUCCAAUAUGUCGCGUUGGUUGGGUUUUAUUUUAUUUUUGUAACACAAGACCAGUAAUUGUAAUUUAUUUACAUGAGAACAUGAGAAUAAAACAGCUUUUGUUAAGUGUUGUA